UCUCCCAUCCUUCAUCAUUAUUCAAGCCAAAACAUCAUCAACACCAUCAGUAGCCAGGAUCACAUCGUUCAUCUUCAUCUUCAUCUUCAUCCUCAUCUUCCUCCUCCAACUCCAAUGUAUGUACACGUCUUCCUCACACUUCCUCCAUCUUCAACGAUCUGAAUGAUGCUACAAAUUUAUUGCAUGUAUUAUCCGAGCAGGUUAUGGGGUCUCCUCUCGCCUGGCUUGCGGAUCCCUUUUCCAACUGACACCAGUUUUCCCCUUGUAACGAAUUCGUCUGUAGCGUUCAUAAGGCGUGUGCUAAUCAUUGCAUAGUCGCCAGGUCACAAUGGGAGUCUCCAAAGCACCCGAAGGACAUUUCUCUAUACUCUACUUCGCGGCCGCAUCCACGUUCACUGCCAAAUCAAGCGAACAUCUCCUUGCCCCUCUAGCAGCUGGACAACUCUUCGCCCUGCUCGAACAGCGAUACCCUGGUAUAACGGACAAAGUGCUCACCAGCUGUGCCGUGACUGUGAAUCUCGAAUAUAUCGAUCUCGAAGGUGAUGGUGAUGGUGAUGAUGCCGAGCACCGUGAUCUGGUCAUCAAGGCAGGCGACGAAGUGGCAAUCAUACCACCGGUCAGUUCCGGAUGAAUAAUCAACUCUUGAAUAACCAAGGUACCUGCCAUGACCAGGAUUCGAAGCAAAGCAACGUUCCUGUCCCACUAUAAACUGCUCAAGCCAGUGUUCUUACCAUGACUUUUAUUGGUAGUGCAGAGGUGACCUUUUGACAACCUUAUAAUCCAAGGGUAGGGUUUGCGCACUUGCGGAUCUGGCACGCCGAAAUCAACUAUCCGAGGGUGGACGGAGUUGUACUUGUGCACGGAUAGUGCAGUGCAGUAUCGCCCACUCCAAGGCGUAGCAAAGAGCGCCGCAAUGAUCCAGUUCUGAGCUGAAGGCGUGGAAGCCAAGUAAUUUAUUAGACUUUGGUUAUAAGCUGCCAACCCUGGGCAUAUCGCAAAGACCUGCGAUUGAGGGCCAUCCUAGUAUUCACACCAGUGUUACCACCCGUUACCAGCACACGUAGCACACCACGAAUAGAUUAGAGACGAAAGGGG